AUGCAUGGAAACUUUGUGUUGAUUUUCAUAUUGGAAUACUUAAGCAAAUCGUAUGCAACAAAUGCGUAUGGCAUAGUGGCACCGGACACCGUUUGUAAUUCCACCAUCAGACACAAUGUGAGAUAUGCACUGUGGGCCGUAAUAGCUGAACACUUUGUGCCCAACUCAAGUGAGCUUCUAAUAUCUGUGCACGCCAAGCAUCAACAGGCGUGGCGAUUAAUGCAGGACCUACUCACUUGUGCGCUGCCGUUCAUGAACAACAUAAAAGUGCAACUUGAAACCAUGGAUUUGCCACGUCUCCCAACUUAUGCAAGACAUCAUAAUCUGCUGCUGAUCGAUAGUAUGCAGGCGUUAGUCGAACUGGAUCCUGCAUUGCUGACUAAGAAAUUUGACUUUCCCGAACAGUAUUUGAUCCUAUUAAUUGGUGCGGACCCAACGCUAGUACCGAAUUUGCUAGUCUCCAGCAUUUUGAGCUACUUUUGGCAAAACUACAUCAUCAAUGUCAGCCUGCUGUUUGAGAGCAAGCCCAACUAUGUGAAAGUCUACACGUAUUUCCCCUUUUUCGAGAAUAGCACGUGCAAGGCAAAUAAUGUGCGUGUAAUCAAUGCGUACAACAACAGUUGGCAAAAGCCUUUGGCAACAGACAUUUUCCCCAAAAAGCUGCUCAAUAUGCAAAACUGCUCACUAACAGUAGCCGUUUGGGAUGCGCCGCCAUAUUUGAGUUACAAUCCUAAUAAAAGUGGCUAUGCGCAAUUGGGAUAUUUUGAGGGGGAAAUGCUAAUCGAGUUGGCCAAGAAGCUAAACUUCAGCAUGGAUCUGUUGGAACCAGCGAACGAUGAACAACGCGGGCUACGCUUGGCGAAUGGCACCUUAACCGGUGCUAUGAAAUUGCUGGACGAUCACUUGGCCGAUAUGAGUUUGGGUUGCUUCCGUUACACCAUUGAACGUUGUGAAGUACUCACAGGCGCCUUGCCAUACUAUCAGUCGUGGCAAAUCUUUGGCGUCAAACUUGCCGGCAAAACCUACACUUCAUUGGAAAUAUUGGCAUUCCCCUUCGACUUGCGCACUUGGUUGUGUCUGCUAUUAAGUUUACAAAUAACUUUACUACUCGCAUAUACUAUAAAUUAUUGCAGCAACUACUCCCAGCUUGCGCGUAUUAUUAUUGGUUACCCACGUCCAAGAACGCCGCUUACGAAUACCUACAGCCUCUUUCUGGGCGUACCAAUAUUGCAUGCACCCCGCACAAAUUUCGCACGUUUUGUCCUGAUUAUGUGGGUCAUUUAUGGUUAUGUGAUGCGCAAUGCAUAUCAGAGUUUUCUCUAUAAACUUCUACAAACUGAUCUGUAUCGUACGCCUCCCACUGAUAUUUUCCAACUCAUCAACGAAGAUUACUCGCUCAUUAUGACCGAGACUACAUUCAAUACGGUGAGCAAUGCACCGCUGAUACAAAAUAAACGCAUCCCAAUCAUAAUAAAUAAUUCCACAUACGAGUGGAAAUCCUACGAAAUGGUGGAAAAAUUAGGUGGAAACUUAGCUGGCGUCUCGCCAAAAGACUAUCUGACGUACUACCUGAUGUCGCAACGCAAACGCGGUACUUUCUAUGUGCUACCGGAUAGAUUCUUUCAGCAAUACAUCACAAUGUAUUUCUCAAAGCAUAGCUACUUAAUCGCGCGUUUCAAUGAAUUGCUGAUGCAGCUGCGCAGCCAAGGCCUCAUCGAUUACUGGGCGCACAAGCACAUAGACUUGAGCUACUAUGAGCUGAGCUCUGCUGAAGACGACGAUGCAUUAGAAAUGGAUGAUCUUUGGGGAGUAUUUGCUAUCUACCUGGUCUUGAUUAGCUUGGCGGGCAUAGCAUUUAUCGCUGAACUGCUGUGUCACAGACUGACAAACUAA